UUCGAAAGCACGAUUAAGGUAUAUAGGUAGGAAAUAAAAAUAAUUUUAUCGUCAAUUUUAUUUUUCCCGACUGAUCGAUCGAUAUGACAAGAAGAAACUCAUUGUAUCUUAACCGAUACACAGAAAUAGUACAAACAGCACUGUUAUUUAGUGUCAAAGUUCGCCUUCAGUCUGAAUAUCAUUAGUCGACGCAGUAAAUAGGUGACCCUGUUGCUCAAUAGUUUCCUAGCCCGAAAUUAUCAACCUUACACGCCCGAGUGAGACAAUAGUGAUCAAUUGCCGGAUCUAUCAGAUUUUUUCACAAAUUCCUGAUGACGGAGACGAAUAUCGAGAACAGCGAUCCCCAGUGGAUUUUGGAUCAAAGAAAUGAUGGAGUGCUUUACUGGAGGAGAGAGAAUGGCGAAACUAGAGUUACUUUCCUGCAUGCCGUUGAAGUUUUGGAAUUCGAAAGGGAGGAACAAGAAAACGAAGUUUACCGAAGAAUUGGAUCGUCCUUGAUUGGCAUCAGUUUAUCCUGUAUAGCAUGUGUUCUGAUCACCGCCAUACUACCGUGGUAUCUGGUGAUUGGAAGUUGAAGAGUAGAGAGAUGUAAUAUGAUUUGUAUAUUCGUAUGCUGAGGAGGACGAUCGCAGAAUCAACAGGAGAAUUGGAAAAAUAUCGAUACUAAAGAAAAAUUCAUUGUCCAGUUUUCUGAACAAAAAUUAGAUAGAAAUCUGACGAUUGUCCCUC